AGAGGCCAGCGAGAAAGACUUUGUCAGAGAAAGGCAUAAAGACAUCGGAGUAAAAGAGAAAGUGAAGCUCGUCUCUGUGUGUGUGUGUGUGUGUUUGUGAAGACAGCUGCAAAAGGAAGAUGCUGUGGAGUUUGUUGGCAGUGACGGUGGUUACAGCAGCUGUCCUGUAUGUCCUCUAUCGCUGGCUCAUUCCUGCAGCUGUGCGGAGCAGCGGCUGGCUGACACUCCUCUGGCACGUUGUCAUCCUCGAGCGCCUCCUUAACAUCAUGACGGGAUCAACGCGACCUCAGCGCAUGCUGAAAGCCGUUCAGAAGAACGCCACAAAAGGAGACCCUGAGAGCGUCAUCUCAGCCAUAGACUAUUACUGCCGGCACAGAGAAUGGGCCAUGAACGUGGGCGAUGAAAAAGGGCUCAUACUGGAUUCGGUGUUGACGGAGGUAAACCCCGGCACGGCUCUGGAGCUCGGCACAUACUGUGGCUACUCCACCAUUCGGAUCGCUCGACUGCUGUCCCCUGGCUCCAAACUCAUUACUGUCGAAUUCAACCCAGACUUUGCUGCAGUCGCUCGUCAGAUCAUUGCCUACGCCGGCCUUCAGGACAAGGUUACACUAGUGGAGGGACCCUCUGGUGAUUUAAUCCCCAAAAUGAAGGAACGAUUUGGAAUAAAAUCCUUUGAUUUUGUGUUUUUGGACCACUGGAAAGAUCGUUAUGUACCAGAUACUAAACUUCUCGAGGACUGUGGUCUACUCAGGAAAGGCACUGUCCUGCUGGCUGACAACGUCAUUUGUCCCGGAGCUCCGGAAUAUUUGAAAUAUGUGAAGAACAGCGCACACUAUGAAAGCCGAUACUACAAAUCCAACCUGGAGUACACCACAGUCGAAGAUGGCCUGGAGAAAUCUGUCUUCUUAGGAUGAGAAAGGUCUUAAUUUACAAGCAGAUGUACAUGAAAACAGGGUUGCACAAGGGGAAAAAGAACAAGCCACUUCCUCUAAAAUACCCAGUGAGUCUUGUGAUUCCAUGUCAAUUAAAUCAGACAAACUGAUGUUUUGUCCU